UUCUCGAGGCGUCUCGGAUCAACCAUUCCUGCAAACACAACGCCCAAAAUACCUGGAACGACGAUCGAGGCCAACUCUCAAUGCUUAGGGAUAUUGACGAUGGCGAAGAGAUUACGAUAUCCUACCUUGGUGCAUCGGAAAACUACGUUGCGAGGCAAUAGCGUUUGCAGAAGUCUUUUGGGUUCGUCUGCGCCUGCGAACUGUGUACACUUCCAGCACCACAACGAACGCAAAGCGAUCGCCGUUUCAACAGGAUCACGUACCUUGACAACCAGAUCGGAAAUGGCAUACGCAUUGCAUCGACUCCCCUGGCAUGCUUUCGCAUGGCGCACGAGAUGA